GUGAAGGAGAGGAACAGAAAAGAAGGCAGAAGGUACAACUCCUCAGCCAGAGAGAAGAACCAAGGCACCUAGGAGUAAAAAAAAACAAAAAAAACAGUUUGUGAGAGGGAGGUUGGAAAACAGUGAAUCUGACACGUCGGAGAGAAAAUAACAAGCAGUUUUGUCAGGACAAGAGGAAGGCAGAGCUCGGAGAGUGUGAGAGACUCUCCUGCUGAUACUCAGAGCCACUUCGGCGUUGACUGGAGAAGAAGUGAACAGAAGAGACGAGGAGAGCAGAGGAGGAGUGAAGCUUUUAGUUUUAGUGAGGGAGAGCUCUGUCAUUCCACGAGUGUCGCUUACAAAGAGGAGGCGGAGGAGGAGGAAGAGGCAGGGGCGAAUGUUCCUGGUCUCUUGAGAAAGAGGGAGAGAGAGAGAAAGACAGAUAGAGAGAGUGAGAGAGAAGAGGAGGGGACAAGCUGACAACAAUACAGGAAGAGCAGGGCUGCCAGGCGAUGUGUUGUUAACUGAAGUACUAAUGCUCCAGACCAUUUACGAGGCGGACUCUUGUUUCUCCACAGACGGUAUCAGCAAACACCGGCUGCCUCUGACCCCUCACGACAUGCACAACGUCAACAACUCAGUGGACAUUAAGCCAGAGGUUCCCUUGGCUCUUGAUUCAGGCUCUCCAUUAGACCUGCGUACGGACAUUAGGAUGCAGGGCUCCACUGCAGACCCCAGUAUGUGGGAAAGACAGCUUCAACAAGAGCUGCUCCUCAUUCAGAAACAGCAGCAAAUUCAGAAACAGCUGCUCAUCAAUGAGUUCCAGAAACAGCAUGAGAACCUGGUCCGCCAGCACCAGGCCCAGAUACAGGAGCACCUAAAGCUCCAGCAGGAACUGCAGGCAAUGAUGCAACAUCAGGAGCAGCUGGAGAAAGAGAGGAAACUAGAGCUACAGAGUCAGGAAAGAGAACUGGAGAGACAUCGACGUGAACAACAAGUGCUGGUCCUCCGCAACCGAGAGCGGAGCAGAGAGAGUGCAGUGGCCAGCACUGAGGUCAAGCAGAAACUCCAAGAGUUUCUGUUGAGUAAAUCCACCAAAGAUGGCACAUCAAAUGGGUCCCUGCAGAAAAUCACACAGAGCUCCAAACUCUGGUACACGGACUCUCAUCAAACCUCUCUAGAGCAAAGUUCACCUCCUUUGGGAGGAGAGUCCUCCUCCUGCAAGCUCUCCCUUCUCUCCCCACAGGACUGCCGGAAUGAUUUUCCUCUGAGAAAGACAGUCUCAGAGCCUAAUCUGAAAGUGCGGUCCAGGUUAAAGCAGAAAGUUGCAGAGAGGAGGAGCAGCCCACUCCUCAGGAGGAAGGAGUGGAGUAUCAUGACACCCUUCAAAAAGAGAGCCCUGGAGCUUUUGGAAUCCACAGCCAGCAGCAGUGCACCAGGAUCAGGGCCCAGCUCGCCCAAUGGGGCCUGCAGUGCCUUGGGGGCUGAAAACGGACCCUCCUCUCUUCCAGUCACCACACGUACUGAGCGUUGGCCAUCACAGCCAAAGUUAUUAGGGCCUGAAAGCUCUGUGUCUAUGUUAAAUCUCUAUACAUCACCAUCUCUGCCCAACAUCUCCCUGGGCAUGUCGGCUGCUUCCUCUCACAUCAGUGCUGCUUUAGGACUUCAGGAGAAGCACGUUGAGGGUGGUGGGAUGUCAACAAUCAUACAAGGUUUCCCCACCCAACUUCUGGGUCCAGUUCCCAUGUCUGUUGCUAUGGAGACCAAAGUGAGCAGCAGCCACCAGGCUCUCCUGCAGCAUCUCCUCCAGAAGGAGCAACUUCGCCACCAAAAGAUCUUCUCUACAGGUCAAAGUCCCGUCCAUCCUCCCUCUCCAUUGGCCAUGACGGAUAGCUCUCCAAGCAGCACCCGUCCCGAACUGCCACGUCAUCGGCCCCUGAACCGCACCCAGUCUGCUCCACUGCCCCACAGCAUGCUGGCCCAACUUGUGAUUCAGCAGCAACAUCAAAACUUCCUGGAGAAGCAGAAACAGUAUCAGCAACAAGUCCACAUCAACAAGAUGCUUUCGAAAUCAAUUGAGCAGCUUCGCCAGCCAAACGUCCACCUGCAGGAGUCAGAGGAGGAAGAGGGAGAGGAUUUGCAGGAGCAGGCCAUGCAGGAGGACAGCUUGCUCUCUGGUGGUGUGAUCCGGAAGCACAGCUCUGACAGCUACGCCAGCAGCAGUUCCAGUUCACCCACUGAGCCACUGGACACUCACCCUGGGGUCAUCCGCGUGAAAGAGGAGCCCAUUUCCAGUGAUGAUGAAAUACUGGCCACUCAGAGCCUGGCAGACAAGCAGAGCUCUUACAUUCACCAGGUUAAAGGGAGGGUGGUGAUACGGGCCAUGAUCUAAAAAGAGAAACGUCAAGAGAUACAUUCACACAGGCACACAUACACACAACAUGCUUACUAUGGUACAACGCAUGACAGAGCCAUUGCUUUGGGAGCUUCAGAACUGGUCUCAUUUGUGAACUUGUGAAGUGAUCUCUGUAUUGUAUGUUGUAUGUUUUGUAUAUAAUCGAAGAAGAUGAGAUUUCAGCCAACUUAGUCUUUUAAAUGCUUUUGAUUGUUAAAGUUUGUUGAAAUAAUUUAAGAAAUUAUCUUUCUACUUUCUAUCCACCCUUUGAGAAACAUCUCUAAAGCUCUUGUAAGAUAUUCUGUGAUUUACCAUGGCACUAUGAAUUUAUAAAUUGUAUUUAGCUUUAUAUGAAUGUUGUUAGAAAGCUAUGUUUAUGUAAGGAAACAGUGCCAUCAGUGUCAACAAAGUUAGCCGCCAAAAUGAAAAUUCUGUUAUCAUGCACUCACUUUCCCUUCUUGGAAUACAGAAGAAGAUAGUUAGGCAGAAUGGAAAUUGAAUGGAAAAAAUAUGCAAUGAAUAUGAAUGGUGACUGAGGCUAACAUCUCCUUUUGUGUUCCACUAUAGAAAGAAAGUUCUACAUGAUUGGAACAAGAUGAAUGUGAGUAAAUGGUGACAGAAAUGUAAUUUGAUCUCACAGAUAACAGUUGGGACGAGUUCUAGAAAGCUCUAGAAUCACAUUCUGUGUUCCUUGUUCUCCUGUGGCCCAAGUUAAUGGCUGCCCGGGAUCAUGAGUAGCAUGCUGCUCCUUGCUGAAUUUUGAGAAGGAGAGAGUUGUAGAGGAAAUGCCUGGUGGAAGCCAGGAAUCAGAAUGAUUCAUGAGCGCAGGAAUGCUGGGAGAGGACAAUCCACGCUGAAGUCAGAGGGCCUAGCAGUGAGCUCUGAUUUACUGUUGAGGCAAAUUACAAAGUGAGUGGGGAGACGGUGGGGGGAGCCCCCUUUUAUAACCAAUAAUUUCCUCUGUAUUCCCACAUGAUGUGUUUACUUCGACAUGUAGGCUUGAUGUUACUUCAGUAGAGACAAAGGUAAUUGUUCUGUUCCCUCAUUCAGUCCUCUCCUGAGGCUAUGUCGAUGUUUUUUGGCUGCCUUUUUUUUCAUAAAGUGCUCACGUGAUUAUUCAAGAAUUGUCCAAUUGUCCAUUUUUUGUUAGCAAGCCAUAUUUCCUGUAUAAUUAUUAUAUAUAUUUUUUUUAAAUAUAAUUUUGCGCUUCUGGUGUACAAUAGUUAGAUUUCAUGAAUGAGAUCCUCUGAAAAACAUCAAGAUUAAAGAAAAAAAAGGAAACAACUUAUAGAGGAAAACAUGUUUAAUCGUUGUGAGCCAUCAUUAUGUCUACAAAUAGACUGCAAGUCAAUCUGAGCUGGCCUGUUUCGUCCCUGUUGUUUGUUCCACUGUUCUGGAUGUUAAUGAGAUCUGUCCACUGGCACUGUAUGUCACGUUUGUUUGUAGCCGUAUACGUUCCCUUCUUGCCUUUUGUCACAGAUCAACUUUUUAAAAUAAAGUUCCUUUUUCAUC